AUGUGCUUACCUCCACACAGAUUUAUAUCAUCGGAUCUUCUGAUGGAAAUAAACCUUAUUCUUGAACCAUACGAUGUUCAAAAGCAAGACAAACUCGCGCUGAAUAAAAUUAUUUCAGUUAUAUUAGAUGAAAUGGAGUUGAAGAAGUCAUUGCUGAUCACAAGGAAUGUAGAGCUGCAAAACAUGAAAUGUUCUUUAAAAUUCAAAACAGACUUAGGUGGGACAAAUCCUAUAAGUAAAGUUAUUGCGUUAGAAUCCGUACAGUAUGUUAAAGUUAACAUUCAAAUUUUGAUUUAUAACGCAGAGGAAGAUUUACUUGGAACUGUUCUUGACUUCGCACUGGUAUUUACCAACAUUUCAAGUAUCGGCAAUGUCUUCAAAGCUUACUUUCAUCAUUUUGACCAUUUCUUUAUUGAACAACGCCCGCUAAAGUCUAAUUGUGUAAAUGUUCCAAAUCUACCUCUGUUUCAACUAUGUCUAGAAAACAAAAUUCCAAAAGAAAGGAUGCUGUAUUUUGAGGUUUUACGCAAACAAGAGACAGUAUAUGUGAAUGAAUCAUAUAUAGAAAUUAGCUUGGAACAAGAACCUUUUUGCCCGAGAAUCGCUCUUCCUAAACUGACGUUCAUGAAUUGUAAUGAGUCUACAAUUUACACAAACAAUUUUCUUUCUACACGGCUUACAGAAAAUGAAACACACAUGUUCUUUUGUCAUGAAGACUUUUUUCAACAUCUGGACAGUCUUCACACAAACCAAGUCAUAGUCAAGCAGAAAGUAGAGUCAGGGGUUAAUAUUCGCGGCGGAGUAACCUAUUUGACCAUUGUUUGUUUAAGUAUUUCAUUGUUGUCUCUUGUGUUGACACUUACAGUGUAUUCAGUCUAUCCAGCACUACGGUCUUUACCAGGACUUAACAACAUGGCUUUAGUUACAAGUUUGAUAAUUUUUCAGGCAAUAUCAUUGGUGAGUACUGUUACAAAUAUCAACAUUAGUUGGCUUUGCAGUUUAUUUGGUGCAGUUCAUCACUUCUCUCUAACUUUAUCUUUUGCUUGGAUGUUUGUGUGUACUUUUCAUAUGAUGAAGGUAUUUGUUAAGAUCAGAAAUCGAUCUGUUGGCAGGAAUGACUUUCGAACCUUUGUUUCGUAUAUUGUUUUUACGACAAGUGUUUCGCUAUCGACUGUUUCCAUAACGAUUGUUGUUGCAGCCGUUCAGUCUGAGGGCGAAGACAUAGGCUACGGCGGUGCCACCUGCUACAUCAAGGAUCCAGCUAAUGUUCUAUUUCUUGUUGCUUUACCAGUUGCUAUAGUGGUUUUUGCCAACAUUUUUAUGUUUUGUGUUGUUGUUUUUAAAAUACAUAAACAUCCGACACUUUCCUCUUCCAAUCCAAAAGAACGUCACAAUAUAACAAUUUUUGCGAAGUUAUCGACGAUAACCGGGAUGACUUGGAUCUUUGGGUUCAUUUAUAUUUUUACUCAGGUUGAAACAUUUGCAUACAUUUUCGUUAUUCUCAAUGCCGGACAAGGAGUUUUUAUUAUGCUUUCAUUUGUUUGUAACCGAAGGGUAAUAAGCUUACUUUGUAAAACUAGAUUCAGGAGGCAGCUGACAAAGCAGACGACAAGCACGGGACUCUAGAUUGCAUCUUUUUUUAUAUUAUUAAUAUGUUAUCAAAGGAUUAAGUACAUUAUUGGUUAAUCAUGCAUGAAAGCACAUAACGUGGCAAAAUAGAUGAUUUCAUUGAUUGUGCGGCGAUAAACAUUGUUUACCUUGUUUAAUCGAGUAAGUAAGUAAAUAAGUAAGCAAGUAAGCAAGCAAGUAAGUAAAAGGGUGAGAGAGAUAAUGAGUGAGUGAGUGAGU